AUGCAGCCCGUGACAGUUGUGGUCCGCUCGCGAAGACAGGGCAUGCUUGUGAAUCGUUUUCCUGCUCUUUGCUCUGAACCUGCUGGCAAGGUUGUCGCCAACAGGUUCGGGAAAGCAAAAGAGUGGGAGACGUGGACGAUGGAGUUCCAUGGCGACAAGGUUGCUUUGCGAUCCCAUCACGGCACAUACCUCAGAGCUCAGGCAGACGGAUUCGUCGUGGCGGAUCAGACGAGUGUCCGAGGCUCGGAGAAAUGGAGCAUGGAGAAUGCCCCAGGUUCCGAUGGCUACAUCGUGGCCUUCAAGUCAUGCCAUGGAAAGUACCUUUGUGCGGAUGACGGUCACUUCAUGAACAUUGGAGUCGGAAAUGUGGUUCAUGCCGAUAGAGAUGCGUGUGGAGAAUGGGAGCAGUGGACCAUUAGCACUCCCGGGGAUGUUCCACUGUGCCGAGCCGAUGUUUUUCACGCUCUUGGUGCCGCGGCUGUGUCUGGAGCAACAGGAACAGCCGUCGCUCUGGUUGUGACUCCGGGAAUUGCCGCCGCGCUCGGCUUCACGGCCGAGGGCAUCGCCGCAGGUUCUGUCGCAGCUGGGAUGAUGUCAGCAGCAGCCAUUGCUGAAGGUGGAGGUGUCGCUGCGGGCAGUACUGUUGCAACCUUGCAGGCAGUUGGCACGGGAGCUGCCCUCGGAGGCACUGCGCUCGCUGGUACCAUCUGCGCUGUAGCGUUGCCGGUCACCGCAGUUGUCGGCUUGGCAGUUUGGGCAGGGGUUGUCACGAACCGUAGCUUCCUCAGAAAUGCUCUCAAACACAAGCCACCUAGGGGCAAGUGGAUGCUGGGGACGGAAGAAGGCAUAAACAACGUGCUCUUCUAUGAGUUCCCGGACGAGCCGACGGCAGUUCAUGCGUUUGACGAUGUAAAGACGUCUCGCAUACUCUUCAACAAGGAGCAUAGGGAGGUACGCUGCGCAGGCCUGAAUGGCAAUGGUGUCGAGACUAUCCGGGUGAAGGCGCUUCACGCAUCAUCGAGGUACGCACACUUUUUUCCCCAGAUUCAAGAGCCCUUAACCACAUUCCUAGGCCCAAAGCCUAAACCCCUAAAUUCCUAG